AUGAACGAACACAUGUUCAGUUAUGAAAACAUAUUCAUGAAUAAAGAGCUAAAUAUUGAUGAAGAGAUUAAGCAGAAAAGUAAAAAUGAGAAUAUAGAACCCACAGAUGGCCCAGAUGUGGCUCCAGUUGAUGAAGGUUCUGGUGAAAUUCCCUGCGAAGGUUCAGAUUGUAUUCCAGAAGGUGACCCAAUGUGUGACCUUGUUGAAAACGACUUAAAUUCAGAACAUGUGCAGGCGAGCUCUUCCAUUGAACAAGGUAUAAUAGAAAACAUAAUCGAAAAUGUGAAAGGUUUUAGUAAUUCAGUUGUAGGAGGAACUCCUAAUGCCACAGAUUGUAAGGUAGAUUCCUCAACAAUGUUUGAAGAGACAGAAUAUAAGGGAAAUAAGGAUUUUCCACAAGUUCAGAUAAACAAAAAAAUGGCAUCUGAAAGUAAAAAAAAAAAAAAAAAAAAAAAUGAUAUAUCAUCCCUUUUUACCGAUUCGUCCAUGGAAAUUAUGGGAUUGAUCAGGGAAAAUCCAAUCAAUGCCAAGAAUGAAAUGGGAAAACCGUUUUGUGAAACGGUUGACCAAAGUGAAGAAGCAAAGGAGGAAGUGAAAACAGAUGCUGAGACAAGGGAGGAAGCAGAAUCAGAUGCUGAGGCAAAGGAGGAAGUGAAAGCAGAUGCUGAGGCAAAGGAGGAAGUGAAAGCAGAUGCUGAGGCAAAGGAGGAAGUGAAAGCAGAUGCUGAUAAGGGCGCAAGAACCCCUUUUGGUGAUGACCAAUGCAAUGAUAAGGCAGAACAAAAUUAUAAUGGAACGAUAAGAAAAGAUUCAGUAGAAGAGAUUAUUUCUGAAUGUGACAUUUACAAAAAGGAUGUAAAGUCAGUGAAGAAGAAUGAGGAAAAUAAUGCAAUCCAUUCCCUCGAUCAUUACAAAAAUGUGGAACGUAUGAACCAUAACUUUGGACACAUGGAUAUUGGUUCUUACCAAGUGAGCAGUGACAUGACAAUGGAAGUAAUACAUGUAAAUAGAUGCAACAAUUAUGUGAAUUGUAAAGAAAAAGGAGAGAAUAAUCAAUACUAUGAGGAAGAUAACAUCAAAGUUGUGCUCGACAACGAAGGAUUGGCUGUUCCUCCCAAGGUGUCCCAAUCCACUACAAGAAUUUCCUUUUGUUUUGGAAGAAAUGGGAACUUUUUCUACACCAGAGGAAGGAAAGUGAAGUACGCUCCCUUGAUAAACAUCAUAAAGGGUUGCAUUAGGACGAGAAGUACAACCCAAAUUAGUAAUGAUUCACCUGUCCCUUCAUCAAGCAAUGUUAAUAAUAGUAAGAGGAAUAAUAAGAGGAAUAAUUGCAUCGAGAGUAGAGACAAAUGGUUGGAGGAACAUAUACAUGCGAUAAAAAAUUUCCCGGGACCUUUUAGCAGGAGAUGCGACAAAGUAGAUGAAAAGAUAAAAAUUUUUCUGAAUGGUCAUAUAAAAAUAAUUCGAGAAAUGUAUGCAAAUAACAUACAUGAAUAUGCACAAAAAUGUUCCCUGUAUAAUUACUUGCUGAACGUUAUAAAUAAUCCUCAGUUUCUGGAUUUUAAUUUACAAGAUGUAAGAACUGAUAAGGAAAGAGCAAAGGCUGUAAGUGAGUGUAAAAGCAGAAAUGUCGUGUCUUAUUUUGUUGAAUCAUCUCACAACCAGAGGGGUAGUAGUGUCCCAAGUAGUGGAAGUAGCACCAUUGUUCAUCCCAGUUGCAUUUCUUACUCAGAUGUGGCCAUUCAUUCAAUUGAGAAUAACUCACGAUGGAUGCCCAAAGGGAAAGACAAACUGCAGAAGUUGUCAUAUGACGAUGGCGAAGAGGAGGAAGGUGCACCCAAAGAAAGAGGAAAAAUGGACAAAUUUGAAAUAACAGCAGGAGCAGCAGCAGCAGAAGCAAGAGCAGAAGCAGGAAUGAAGUUGGAAAAGAGAGAAUUUCCAGAAGUCCUUUAUAACCAUUACGAGGAACAACAAGCAGGGAGAGGCAUCAGAUGGUUCAAUGGAAAACCAUUCGCAGAGAAAGAAAAAGAAAUGCGCAUUAUGGAUACCACAUUGUGUGAGUCGAAGAAAUCAUAUGUCAAACAGUUGUACGAGGGGAAAACGAAAAAAAUUUUGGUGAAUAACCAUAAGUAUGAAUUUCUUGAUUUUGUGGAUGAAGAAUUCAUCAGUAAAUUUUCAAACAUAGAAAAUAAUGAAAAAAUAACGAAAGAAGAUCAAUACAUGGAAUAUUACCAUUUGUGUAUAUAUAAUAGUGAGGAGGCUUCAAAAGUGUGCAAUGAAAUGAAUUUAUUUAAAUAUUUUUUUUUAAUUUUGAAAAAGUACAAUAAAGAAAAAUAUUAUAGAAUGGUUAAUCAAUACAUAAGUCACAUAGACAAUAUUAUGAACCAUGAUAUAGAAUUAAAUGAUGGUAUGAAAAAUAUAUACAAAAUAUAUAACUCCAGUGUGUAUAAUGAUAUUUUUAAAGAAACUUUUGUUUUCUUUAUUUCCUUAUUGAAUAGAAAAAGUAUGAUUUUUAAAAAAAAUAUUUUAACUAACUAUUGGUAUUCAUUUUACGUGCUAGUAUAUCACAACUUUCUUUUUCAAUUUGAAGAAAAUGAGAUUGAUUAUAUGGAAUAUAAAGACGAUAUUCACAUGUUCUUUCUUUUUUUAAUUAAACUUCUCUACAAAAAUGGACGUAAAACAGAAUCUCAAUUUUUAUUCAUUCAACUUUGUGCCAACCCUUGUGUCUUUCAAAUGCAAUCACAAGAGGAUUUUUCUAAUUUGGAAGCAAAUCCGAUUGAUGUAGAAAAGAAGCAGGAAUGCAGUUACAACACUGGUGGUGGUGGUGCUAUUGUGAAUCCCCAACAUGAGUACAACUCUUUCCCUAUAAUUCAGUCAAAUCAAGGAUUGCAUAUGGCUAGUCAGAACGGUAGUACCUACAGCGCUAGCCACAGAAGUCAUAUGAACAAUCCGAUCAGUCAGGUCAGCCAAGUCGGCCAAAUCAGCCAAGGUAGCCAAAUCAGCCAAGUUAACCAAGUUAGCCAAAUCAGCCAAGUUAACCAAAUCAGCAGGAAGGACGUAUCCAAAUCGCAAGACCUUCAGAGUGCUGGAACCCACUUUGACUUCUUCACCUUCCAAGCGUGCGAAGUGUACGAAUAUCUUAUGAGACAGAAGGACGAAACUUUUUUUUAUGAAAGCCUUAUCACGCAAAAAAUUAUUUAUGCAUACACAUUACUAGAAUUAGGGGUUCUAGAACAGGCAAGAAAAUAUAUAGAAAUUUUAUACUACUAUGUAGAUGUAAUUAAAAGCCAGAAGAAAAAAAACAAUGAUUUAGUGCAUUUGUAUGAGACCUUACUGAGUCAUGCUAAAUAUGUUUUCCCGUCCUUACAUUUACAAAAUAAAAAUCAGGAAAUAAGUUCAACCGAAAAUAACGACACCUCAUCGAAUGACUUUUUUUACAAUGGAAAAAGUAUAUACAAUUACAAAAUUAUUUCAUCAUAUCAAGGUUUUCAACACGCAGAUGCAGUAAAUCAAAACAGGCAAUCUGUUCAGGUGGGGAAUACUAAUAAAUACUGUGGUAUCAACGUGGAAAAUAUUACUACCGAAUUGUUAACACAUAAUAACACUCAGAUGGAUGAAAACAAAAAUGUAAUAUAUGGAAGAGGAACAACGCCUUACGUACCAUUUUACAAGGGAUACAAUGAAAUAAACAAUAUGAAUUCCCUUUUUGAAGAUCAAAAUAGGGGUGGUGCAUUCAGCAUAAAUGACAUGAACUCUACUCACGAGACGGAGAUAAUGGAUAGAAUCUCGAACCCGAUCAGUUAUAACAAGGAUGGUAAUAACAAUAAUGUUAGUGAUAAAAACAUUUUCAAUAACGAUACCAUCACAUGUAUGCAUCCAGAUAUACAUAUAGAGUCUAAGACAGAAAAUAAAAUUUCCCAAGGCAUUGAAAAUGAUCCCAAUUUCAACCCAUCAGAACCGAUUUACAGCGGUGCAACAAAUUUGGAAGUUAUCAGAUGUCACGACCACCACCCCUCGAAUAACAGCAUAAAUGUUUCAUUUCAAACGAACGUUCAAAAUUUAAGAAGUAAUGAAAAUUCAUAUUUUCCUAGUUAUCCAACAGAAUAUGUUGGCACACAAGGCUCAGCUAAUGUUAGAAGUGAGGUUAGAGCCAUCCCACUUCAGCAGUGUAAUAAUGAAAGUGCACAAAUGGGAUAUUUCUACAGCCAAUACGAGGAUGCGACCACUGCUGAACCAGGUGUGGCUACUUCUAAACUAGAUGUGACGAAUGCAGAACCCGUUGCAGGUGUAAGGACGACGACAGAGAAUGAUCGUAGAAAUUAUUACACAACAGAACCACUCCAACAGACGCAGAUUUUACAGAAUAACGAAUACAUAAUGAAGAGUACUGAAGUUAUUGACCAUGGGCAAAGUAACUGGAUUUGUGAAAAUAGCGGAUCAUUUAAGCAGAACGAAAUAAUUAAUUAUCAUAUGAAUAGUGAUAAUUUCACUUAUUACUACAAUGAGAGUAUUGGAACUAUUCCCCCAGUGCAUGGACAAAUACACCAAGGGGGUUCUAAUGGCCCAGAAGCUUAUCCAACAAGUGUUCCGUUUCAUCGCUCGUUGCAGCAAAAUGCAUAUCCUACAAAUAGCCAGAAUUAUAAUAUAGUAGGGAAUGUGCCAUACAGCAAUGACCCUGCCAAAUCGCCUGAACGGUCAGGUAAAAAUGGACCGCUGCAAGGAGUCCGCAAUGAAACAGAAAAUAAAAAGAAUGGACAAGAAGUGCAACAACAGAAUGAAGAAAACAACAAUAUGGAUUUAAUAAAUUUAGGGAAGACAUUCAUUUCUGGAUUUUUUUCAAACAUAAAAGAAAAAAUAACAAAAACAGAACAGGUAGAAGAGGAAGAGGAAAAUAUUUUUUACUACGAUUAUGAGAAAAAGAGAUGGAGAGAAAAGGGUGUUACAUCAGAUGAGGAAAAUGAAAGAGAGCGACAAAAAAAGCAACAUGAAAUGGAAAUUAAAAAUAUAGCACCCCCACCUCUAGCACAAAAUACAUCAAGCGUGAACAAGAAAACCCCUCUUGACAUAACAGACGUUCGAAGUAGGUAUGUCGAUUAUUUUAAAUGA